AUGUCGUCCUCGUUCGUCUUCUACAAGUUCAAGUCGCAGCGCGAGCCUUCGCGGAUCGCGUUCGACGGGACGGCCAUCUCGGUCUUUGACCUCAAGAAGGAGAUCAUUGCCGAGAACAAGAUGGGCAAGGGCGCCGACUUUGACUUUGCUAUCUAUCACGCCGAUACCGAGGAAGAGUACACCAAGGACCACGAGCUGAUUCCUCGCUCGACGUCCGUCAUCGCCCGCCGACUUCCGCCCUCGAGGCCCGGGCGAGGCAACGCCUUGAAGUACAUGGCGGGUACGGAGGAGAGCGGCGUGGGACUGCAGGCGGGGCGUGGAGCGGCGCCGGAGCCGCGAGGAGGUGUCGGAAGCGGAUUCAGCAAGGACAUGUUCACGAAGCGCUUUGACGGCCGCGAAGAUGCCCGCCCUUCUGCUGCUCAGGAUUCGCCUCAGGUCCAGAUUCCCGCCGCCGCUCCAACAGACGAAGCUUCCGCCAUGGCUGCCAUGUUCGCCGCGACCAACUCGCAGUGGCAGCAGACGCAGGAGCAGAUGUCGCACGCUACGCCCGUCUAUCGCAAUCCUCCGCCCGGAAACCGACCACACGGCCAAGGUCCCGGUCGUUCCGGAGACGGCGGAAACCGCCCUUCGUUCCGCGACUCUGGCAUGGCUCACAAGCCUCCUCCGCCUGGCUACAUCUGCUAUCGCUGCGGCCAGAAAGGUCACUGGAUCCAGGAGUGCCCGACCAAUGGCGACGCCGCCUACGACAAUCGGCCACGUAUCAAGCGCACGACGGGUAUUCCGAAGUCGUUCUUGACCGAGGUGCAAGGUCCGCAAGUCGCGACGGGCGAGGAAGGCGACGGACCGGCGACGAACGGCGUCAAGUCGGGGAUCAUGGUCACGGCCGAAGGUGGCUUCGUCGUCGCUCGCCCCGACAGCGCCUCGUGGCUCGCCCACCGCGCCCUCACCGCCAACCUCUCCGCCAACGACAUCCAGAACCUCGCUCCAACCGAUCCGGACCUCACCUGUCCCGUCUGCUCCAAGCUCCUUCGCGACGCCAUGCUCACGCCCUGCUGCUCGACGUCGUUCUGCGACGAGUGCGUCACAAACGCCCUGCUCGACAACGACAUGCUCUGCCCCGAGUGCGAGACGCGCGUCAAGAGUCUCGAGAAGCUCAAGCCUGACGAAGGGCGGCGCGAGCGCGUCACCAAGUAUGUCGACGAGAUGAUGCAGGCGAGCAAGGAGGCGGCCGAGGAGGAGCGGAAGAAGCUUGAGGCAGAGGAGGAGCAGCGCAAGGCGGCUGAAGCGAAGCGCAAGGCUGAGGAAGAGGCUGCGGCAGAGAAGGCGGCCGAGAACGGCGAGAACGGCGAGUCGCAGGAUAAGGAGGCGGUCAAGGAGGAGGAUGUCAAGAAGGAGGAGGAGGAGCUGUUCCCGGCCAAGCCUGAAGAGAUUCUCAACCCUCGCAAACCCCGACCAGGCGAGGAGAUCAAGCCGAUCGCUCCAGCAGGCUCGCCCGCUCCAGCCGACUCCGUCAAGUCUGAACCCGCAGCAUCGGCAUCGCCGCCUCGAGCUCCGUCGGCAACGCCAGGUCUCCCCGCCGUCCCGCAAAUCCCGCCCGGUGCGCUGCAAGCCCAGCAGUUGCGCCAGCAGCAGCAGCUUCGCGCGCAACAGCAGCAGCAGAUGCUCGCGAUGCAACAGCAGCAAAUGAUGGGCGGCGGGGCAGGCGGCAUGGGCGGCAUGCCCUCGCCUCAGAUGAUCCAGCAGCAGAUGUUCCAGCUGUCGGCGAUGCUGCAGAACCCGGGUCUGCCUCCGCCGAUGCGGAUGCAGCUCCAGGCGCAGCUUCAGCAAUGCCAGAUGAUGCUCGUCCAGAUGCAGCAGCGGAUGGCGAUGGGUAUGCACGGAGGGCGGCCCGGAAUGAUGGGUGGGAUGUCGCCGAUGAUGGGCGGGAUGCAGCAGGGCGGUGGUGGCAUGUCUCCCGCGGGUGCGUCUGGAGGAGCUGGGCAGAAGCGAGGGAGGGAGGAGGAGGGGGACGGAUCUCCCGCUGCGAAGAAGACGGAGGUGGCUUGA